UUCUGUGGUGUCAGGUGUUGUGAUUUUUGGUGUGAGUCACGCAAUUAGUUUUUAUUUGUUGAUUUAAUCGUUUGAAAACCUAAUUUUCAUUCUUAUUUUAACGUGAUUCAUACGGCACGGCAGUAUUUAGAUCCACAGUAUACAUUCUCCAUCAGCUGCAUAAAUGGGUAACGAAAUGUCUUCGUCCGCAAUGGAAAAGCACUUGUUUAAUUUAAAAUUUGCUGUAAAAGAACUAGAAAGGAAUUCAAAGAAAUGUGAAAAGGAAGAAAAACUGGAGAAAGAAAAGGCAAAGAAAGCAAUUCAGAAGGGUAAUAUGGAGGGCGCUCGUAUCCAUGCAGAGAAUGCUAUACGGCAGAAAAACCAAGCUCUGAACUACCUACGGAUGUCAGCCCGAGUUGAUGCUGUCACCAGCCGGGUACAAACAGCUUUAACCACCAGAAAGGUCACAAAUUCUAUGGCAGGAGUCACAAAGGCGAUGGAUGCAGCCAUGAAAUCCAUGAAUCUGGAGAAGAUAUCAACUCUUAUGGACAAAUUCGAGAGUCAGUUUGAAGACCUUGAUGUGCAGUCUUCCUACAUGGAGAAUGCAAUGUCACAAACCACCACAACUACAGUCCCUCAAGGGGAUGUGGAUAACUUGUUGCAACAAGUUGCUGAUGAAGCUGGGUUGGAGUUGAACAUGGAGCUGCCGUCCGGCGUGCCCAGCACGUCCGUGGGCGCCUCCACCGUGGUGUCGCAGGAGCAGGACGAGCUCACGCAGCGGCUGGCCCGGCUACGGCAAGCAGAAUAGACUAACGCAUAGCAGUAAGAUCACUUUUGUAUGUACUUCAAUGUUGAUUUAUGAAUGUGAUAUGUUGUUUUCAGUAUUGGGAACUCCACUUUCAGUAGCUUUAUACUGUAAGCAAGAUUAAUCUUUGUUAUAAUUUUAUUUUUUCAUUGUAACUUUUGUACUAUAUUAAAUGUAAAGAUAAUAUAUUAGGCUAAUGUAAAUA